UCAUUUAUUUUUCAAUCCGCUCUUACACUAAAAGGCCAUUAUCAUAAUUUUCACAAUUUCACAGUAUUAUUCCAAACUUAAGAACACAGUGGUAGACAAUUGAAAUGCAACUGCUCUUUAACCAUUUCCGCUACAAACAUUAAAACAACUUUAACAUUUUCAAACUUUAUAAAUGAUGACUAUUAAAACCGGCCUAAAUUAGCAUAAAUAAUCAAUAGUAACUAUUGAACAGUUCAAGCUUGAACAUGUUCUGGCCAUCCUAUCCUUUCAAUCAAUCAAUACUUCAAGACAAGCUAGCAAGCACACACAUUUUCUUCAGGAAAUGUACUUUUCUAGUUAGUAUUAUUCGCCCUGUACUGCCAAUGUGUGUGUUUCUUGUGUUCCCUUGAUUGUAUUGUCUGUGUCUAACUUUUCUGUGUAAUUGCUGCUGAUCUUGUCAUGCAGGGCUCCCUUGAGAAAGAUACAUUUGAGAUUAACGGGACUCCCUGCUUAAAUAAAAGUUAAAUGAAAAUAAAUAACAUUAAACCAUCCUUCAUAGUUGUUAGCCUUUACCCUCUAGUUUGUACUCUUGAAGCUAUGUCCAGCCUCUGUCUGUACCUGUCUAACGUUCAACCAAAGCAACGUCCUACUGAAGAAGGCAUUGCUGCAGUGUAGAAAGAUAUGUCUUUGGCAUUUAAAUAGCAAUAAAGGAAAUGUAAAACAGUGUGUGAUGAGGUUCGGGGUUUGUCUCAUCUCUUGACUUGAUUCACUCUGUUGACUAAUCAGUCACACACAGUUGACCACACAGCUGGUGAAAUGAACCGUUCAGUGCUGGUUUGAGUGACAGGGGGCUGGAGGAUUUGGGGGAGGGGUUGAGAGGCAAGAAGCGCCGGGGUUUGUACCUUGGCUCAUUUCCACCCUUUUGUCCACUGGAAUAGAGAGUUCCAUCAUGGUGCGUACAGUAGCAGUGAUCGGGGCGGGUCCCUCAGGUCUGACCAGCAUCAAGAGCUGUCUGGAUGAGGGUCUGGAGCCCACCUGCUUCGAGAGCAGUGAAGACAUCGGGGGACUGUGGAGGUUCAAGGAGCGUCCAGACCCAGGAAGGGCCAACAUCUACGAGUCUGUCAUCAUCAACAGCUCCAAGGAGAUGAUGUCAUACAGCGAUUUCCCUCCUCCUGCUCACCUGCCCAACAACAUGCACCACUCCCAGCUGCUGAGCUACCUACGACUUUAUGCUCAGACCUUUGACCUCUUCAAGCACAUCUACUUCCAGACCACUGUGGUGAGUGUGCGUCAGAGGCCAGACUUCCCAGUGUCAGGCCAGUGGGAGGUGGAGACAGAGAGGAGAGAAGGUCAGAAGGAGACUCAGGUCUUUGAUGCUGUGAUGGUCUGCACCGGUCACUUUACACAACCACACUUGCCUCUCAAUGACUUCCCAGGUAUAGAGGAGUUUGAGGGCAGGUACUUUCAUAGUUGGGAAUACCGCAGUGCUGAGGGGUUGCAGGGGAAGAGGGUGGUGGUAGUUGGGAUUGGGAAUUCUGGAGGUGACAUCGCUGUGGAUGCAAGCAGAGUAGCAGAGCAGGUGUACCUCAGCACACGGAAAGGGGCGUGGGUGGUCAGCAGGGUGGGGGCGGGGGGACUGCCAGGUGACCUGGUGGGCACUUCAAGAUUGAACAGGCUAGUGCAGAAGCUCUUCCCCUCCUGGAUUACCACGAUGAUGGAGAAGAAACUGAACAGAACCUUCGACCACAGACUGUACGGCCUACAGCCAAAACACAGGUUCUUUGCCCAGAUCCCGGUGGUGAAUGAUGAUCUACCUGGCCGAAURAUCUCUGGUCGUGUUCUGGUCAAACCUAACAUCAGGGAGAUCAAUGGCUCCAGUGUGGUGUUUGAGGACGGGAGCGUCGUGGAAAAGGUGGAUGUUGUGGUGUUUGCCACCGGUUACAACUAUGACUUUCCUUUCCUGCCUUCGGGUCUGCUGGCUAAUGGUGGUCACCGCCUGUGUCUGUACCGUCAUGUGUUCCCCCCGGGGCUGGCUCGGCCCAGUCUGGCUGUAGUGGGCUUCAUCUGUAACCUGGGAGCCAUCAACCCUCUAGCUGAGAUGCAGGCCCGCUGGGCCACCCAGGUCUUUAAAGGGUUACUAACACUGCCCUCAGAAGAAGCCAUGCUUCAGGACGUAAAGAGAGACACCAGCACCUUGCAAAACAGGUUUGCCUGUUUGGAGCGUCACCCUCUCCAGGUGGACCAUAUCCCCUACAUGGACUCCAUGGCAGAGGAGUUGGGGGUUCGUCCUAAUCUCCUAGGGCUGCUGUUGAGGGAGCCUGGUGUGGGGCUGUGUGUGCUGCUGGGGCCCUGCACCCCGUACCAGUACCGUCUGAGAGGGCCAGGACAGUGGGACGGAGCCCGACAGGCCAUCCUCACCCAGUGGGAGCGUGUAGCCCAGCCCUUCAGGACCAGGAUGCCCCCACAACCAGAGAGCAGAACCAGAGCCUCCUCUAGUCUGAUACUGAUACUGACUCUGUCUGGCACUGUUCUCCUACUAACAACCUUCUAUACCAGACAGAGUGUCUCAUCACUCCCCACAGGCCUCCUCUAUAAGAUGUACAGUCUACCUGAGAUCAUAUGGGGGUGGAAAUGAACACUAUGGGCCUAUUGCAUCCACUGUUGGCCACCAUCGCCCGCACAGCUGAUCUUAAUUGCUUUCAAAAUGUACUGUUCUCUAAAAGCCGAGCUACAUGUGACYUCAGUGUAACUUAGCCUCGCUUUAUCCAAACAUUUUCCAAGACAUGUUCGCACUCUACAGGCUAUUUAUUAUCUUCGGUAGAAAUAAAACCUAGCAACCAAGCAGA